CUAACCGCGCUCCGUCUCCGGCCAUGCAUUGAGCGACUUGGCGUCCACACGAUCAGGGAUCAUCGCCGAUUAGAGACGAGACGAUACUGUAUCCGCGAGCAACGAGAGGACUCCAGGGUUCUUCAGAUCGGCGGAUCACCAUGCUUAUCUUCCAACUCACUCACGCGAUCGUUUUUCUGGCCGCGAUCUUCCUGAUCGACAAGUGCCAAGCGCAUCCGGCGAUCGCACAACGAUAUCAGGCACUAUCACUGUGCAGGCCCUGCGGCGAUCAGUGUGAUCAAUGCGAGUAUGGUACUACUAUAUCAACCCUCUGCGGCGUCAAGGAAUGUCUAAAGGGUCCCGGGGAAAGAUGCGGCGGUCCAAGCGAAAUCGAGGGUGUGUGCGGCGACGGAAUGAUGUGCAACCAUUGCAACAAGUGCAUUGGCUGCAGCUCGGUCAACUUCAAGUGCAAAACGGACGACUACUGUCUGCCCCAUCUGAUCACGGAUCAGGACACGCGGAGCAUCCGGUAUCCAGACAUAUUCAACAGAUUCUCCAUCGACAAGUAAACGGAAACCCAACGCAAUCCCUGGAUGGACGAAAAGGAUGGAUGAGACGACGAGAAUGUGCGAGGAGCGAAUGUGAAACGAGGAAGGCGGAUAUAUAUUAGUGAUUUUCCGAAUUAUUUAUUGCAUUUCACGAUGUAAUCCCAUUAGGUAUCCACGAUUGUGAUAGAUAGCUCAUCGGAGCCCGUCUCUACAACCCUGCUCCUUCCUCCCUCCCCCCUUUCCGCGAGAUGACGGUGCCCAUGUUCGUGUAUAAUGGCAUUUCUGUGAUUUCUUUUAAUUACGUUUUAUCCCGUUUCUUUGGACACGCACGUUUCGACAAAACGCGUGCCCGUGUCCGCGAGCUUAGCGAUGCGUGCGUCGCCGGCUAGAUUGAUCUCGUGAGAUGUUCGAUGAAUCAUCGCGCGUGAUUCUUGGCUGUGAUUCGCGCCUCUCGCCGAGUCAGCGAGGGGCGGCCGACGGGGUCCUCGAUGUGUUUUCUCACGCAGGAAACACCGAAAAGGCUGGAUCUUUACCGAAAGAGAGAGAGAGAGAGAGAGAGAGAGAAAGAGAAUGUGUGUGUGUGCGUCAAAGAGCGGCAUGGUGCUGUAUGGAAGAAGAAAAUGACGUUAGCGACGAAAUGAGCGAGGAAGAUACAAAAGGCCCCUCUUCUCCCCCUCCACCUCCUCCACCUCCUCCUCCUCCUUCUCCUCCUCCUCCUACCAUCCCAUGAAACAGUCGUAAUAUCGUCAAUAUAAUCUUUGACAUUCCGAUUUGACAUUUCGAUUAUAUAUGAAAGCUAUGCCGACUACACUUCGCAUUUAUCUUAAUAUUUAUUUCAACGUCGAUUUGUUUAGUUUUUAAGGAGUGUCGCGGGGAAAAGCGGGAGAUCUCUCCCGUUUAAAGCGCGCUCGCUUGGAUAUCGAUAUCGUCAACACAUUGCCCCUCACUAACGGACUGUUACUAAUAUUUAUUAACAAAGACACAUAGAGAAUAUAGUUAAUAUAGUUAAUUGAACUUUUUUCACCGGUACUUCUCUCGCGCCGAUUAGUCUGUAGGCGCAUUCGGGAACGGCGUUACCUUACGCAGCUCUCGAUAUUCCUGCGGAGACCGGACGUGAAUCUUUCGGCGAACGCCGUCCUAUGUAACAGACUACAAAAUAAAACUGGUUGCAUUCAU